AUGGCGUGGCUGCCGGCUGCAGUCUGCAGCUGGGGGCAGCGGGCAGCCACCGUCACCUGUCAGCUGGAGUGCAGAACGGUGCUGACUGCACGGAGGUCUACAGGUCUACAGAUUCAUCUGUUGCUAAGCAUCGAUGAACAAGAUAAAGCAUUAUCAAAGGCAGUUGAAAGCGGUGAUACUUGUCUUGCUGAAGGUGGAUGUAGAGAAGGUUUUAGAAGACGUUAUAGCCAUAUUGAUACUGCUGAGGCAACCACCGCUUCAGCAUCCCAUGCCUGGAGUGAUGGUUCGCAUGUUUGA